UUUUUCUUUUAAAUACAUAUAUUAUCGAGAUUCAUAAUGAGUGGCAUGGAAAAGAAUCUCUUUCAGUUAAAGUUCACAGCAAAACAGUUGAACAAACAAUCUAAGCGUUGCCAAAAAGAUGAAACGCUUGAGAAAGCCAAACUUAAAAAGGCCAUUCAAGAUGGUAACAUGGAGGGGGCUCGUAUUUAUGCUGCAAACGCCAUUAGAAAAAAGAAUGAGGCUAUCAAUUUACUCCGGCUCUCGUCUCGUAUUGACGCCGUAGCAAGUCGUGUGCAGACUGCAGUAACUAUGCGGAAAGUUACUACAUCAAUGGCAAGCGUUGUCAAGGGUAUGGAUAGGGCAAUGGGAUCAAUGAAUCUUGAAAAGAUAUCAAUGGUUAUGGAUAAGUUUGAGUCCCAGUUUGAAGACUUGGAUGUGCAGACAGAGUAUAUGGAGGGUGCUAUGGCCGGUACAACUACAUUAACUACACCCCAAAAUGAGGUAGAGACGUUGAUGCACCAGGUGGCGGAUGAACAUGGCUUGGAAAUGAAGCAUGAGUUAGGAAAAAUGGAACCAGGAACAUCUCUAGGAGAGGCCAGUAAGACGGAUAUGAGUGAGGAUGCGUUACUGAGUGAGCGAUUGAAAGCUCUUCGUCAAUAAAUUAUACAUAUGCGUAUAGCUUCAAGCAAACAAACUAAAGGCUAAAAAAAAAGCAAAUAAAAAGGACAAAAAGGUGUGUGUUUUUUUUAUAUUAUUGAA